AUGGGAGUUAUUCUACGAUAUGUAAAUAAAGAUGGAUAUGUGAUAGAGCGAUUCCUUGCUAUGCUUCAUGUGCCUGACACUUCUGCCAUUUCUUUGAAGAAUGCUGUUGAUUGUUUAUUUUCUAAACAUAAGUUGUCUCUUUCAAGACUAAGAGGGCAAGGAUAUGAUGGAUCAUCAAAUAUGCGAGGUGAAUUCAAUGGUUUGAAGGCAUUUAUCCUAAAAGAAAAUCCAUAUGUAAGAUAUGUCCAUUGUUUUGCUCACCAACUUCAAUUAGUCAUUGUUGUUGUUGCUAAAGAUAAUAAGAUUGCGAGUGAUUCUUUUCAAUAUGUUACUAUGAUUGUUAAUGUGACCGCACCAUCGUGCAAAAGUAAAGACCAACUUCGGCAACAUCAUCAUGAUAGGUUGGUUGAGCAGAUAGAGAAAGAAGAGAUAGUCAGUGGCAGAGGAAAAAAACCAAGAAUCCAGCUUAGCACGACCAGGGGAUACUCGUUGGGGAUCACAUUACACUACAAUUCUUCGACUAAUCUCUAUGUGGACUUUAGUGUUAGAGGGAUAACAAAUGAAUUAUCACUUGCCUUAGAACAAAAGGAUCAGAAUAUUGUUCAAGCCAUGCGUUUGAUUGAGGCUGUGAAAGCUCGGCUUCAAGGCUUAAGGGAGACUAGAUGGGAGGAAUUUAUGGAGGAGGUUAGCUCUUUUUGUGAAAACAACUUGAUCCCAGUACCUAAUAUGGAUGAUAAUAUGAGAAUUCAUGGCCGUUCUAGGCGAGAAGGGCAAGUCAUUACUCAUUUUCACUAUUACCGUGUGGAGAUUUUCUGCGAGGUUAUUGAUUUGAUUGCACAAGAAAUACAAAACCGUUUUCCAGAAGCUAGCACAAAGUUACUUCUUCUCAUGUCAUACCUUGAUCCAAGGGACUUGUUCUCCAAAUUUAACAUCCAGAAGCUACUUCGCCUUGUAGAGCUUUAUCCCGAAGAUUUUUCAAUGACUGAAUGCAUGAUGCUUGAGGAUCAACUUGCCACCUUCAUUUACGAUGUGCAUCAUGAUGAAGAUUUUACAAAUAUUAAGGACUUGGGAGAUUUUGCAAGGAAGAUGGUUGAGACAGAAAAACAUUUUAUUUUCCCGCUUGUUUAUCGCCUUAUUGAGUUAGCAUUGGUUUUGCCAGUUGCGACAGCUAGUAUUGAGAGGGUGUUUUCGGCAAUGAAUAUUGUGAAAACUGACUUGCACAACAAAAUGGGAGAUGAAUGA